UGAGGAGGUGGAACAUCUGGACUUCAUUUGUGAGCUCCAGACUGGAGAAAAGGUCCAGAAAUAGGCUUAAUAAAUAUUUUCCAUAUUAAUUGCUGUCCACAAACCCGCUUCAUCGUUACAUUUUGAACCUGAGAUCAGCGACUCUUUAUGGGCAUAUGACGUUGUCCUUACACGGUCUCUCGCGUGUGUGUGUGUGUGUGUGUGUGUGUGUGUGUGUGGGUGUGUGGGUGUGUGUUUGUGUGCGCGCCUCUCUGACGCUCCACAGCCCCGUGGAGCUGUUGUUCCCAGAGAGGAGGAGGACAAUCAGACGGACUGUUGGAUUAGAGCAACAAAAGAGAAAGUGCUGUUAAAAAAAAGUCUUCUUUGGCUUUCAUCGCUCCUUUCCUCUCUCUUUUUUUUUUUUUUUUUUUUUUUUAAUAGUCGCGCUUUCGGGUGUUUUUUUGUGUAGGCUACGGUUUCCGCGGUGGCGCACAGACCCGGUAUGGAUUUACCAAAGACUAGACGAGAUACGCCGUUUAGUCCUCCACCAAAGUUUUGAUUGUCAUCGCUGCCUCUCGACCCUGCAGCAGAAGAAAGCGCCGAACUUUGAAGCAGCAUUUUUGGAAAGUGGUGACCACAUGUGAGGACAUUUGGAGACAUAUGUUUGUCGGAGCGUCUUUUCGCUGCUCUCUACUCUCAUGGGGUGACCCACAUAGAGCUCCUUAGAAGUGACCGUGGGACAGGCAGGCUUCCUCCAAGCCUGGACCCUCUUCCUGUCCUUUCCUUAAAGGCAAUGGUUAUUGGCUUAGACCUUUUGCACAACUCCACUGUGUGAAUGAAUCUUUGCCAUAAAACCGCUGUGCUCUGCCACCCUGUCAACAUGAAGAGCAAGUAUUCCCAAUACUAUGAUCAGAGUCUGAUCCCCUCCUACUAUGCCUUUGUAAAGAACAUGACCAUCGAGGAGCUAGCUAAACGUAGCGAGGAUAAAAAGCAGCUCACCACACUCAACAUUGUCAUCGUGGUCCUCUGCACCACCAUCAUCCUGGAGAAUCUGCUUGUCCUCAUUGCUGUCUGCCGCAACAAGAAGUUCCACACCGCCAUGUUUUUCUUCAUCGGCAACCUGGCAUUCUCUGACCUGCUGGCAGGCUCUGCCUACAUAGCCAACAUAUUCCUAUCAGGACCAAGGACCUUUGACCUUAUGCCUGUGCAGUGGUUUAUUCGAGAGGGAACAGCAUUUAUUGCUCUGGCAGCUUCUGUCUUCAGCUUGCUGGCGAUAGCAACAGAGCGCUAUAUUGCUAUUACCAAGGUUAAGGUGUACGGCUCCACCAAAACGUGCCGCAUGUUCCUCCUGAUAGGAGCUUGUUGGGUCACCUCCAUCCUGCUUGGAGGACUUCCCAUCAUCGGCUGGAACUGCAUCAAUAACCUCCCUGAAUGCUCAACUGUAUUGCCACUCUACUCAAAGAAAUACAUCCUCUUUGUGGUCACCAUUUUCAGCCUCAUUCUACUCUCCAUUGUCAUCCUCUAUGUGAGGAUCUAUUUGAUUGUUCGGUCCAGCCACCAGGAAGCGACAAACUCACCGGCCUAUGCCCUUUUGAAAACUGUCACUAUAGUGCUGGGUGUCUUCAUCAUGUGCUGGCUGCCUGCUUUUACCAUCCUCCUCCUAGAUUCGUCCUGCAGGAUACAAUUUUGCCCCAUCCUCUCCAAAGCAGACAUCUUUUUUGGCUUUGCCACGCUGAACUCGGCACUUAACCCAUUGAUCUACACACUGCGCAGCAAGGACAUGAGAAAGGAGUUUCUGCGUGUGUUGUGCUGCUGGGGGGUGCUGCAAAGCGGGCGGCCUGCUGACCGUUGUCUGGUCCCUCUAAAGAGCUCCAGCUCUCUGGAACACUGCAGCCACAAACACGAACACCAGACCACACCAAUCAUGCAAGAUUGUACCAGUGUCUGAUAUGGUGCAAAGACAUCAGAGUACUUGAGUAUGCUGUGUGUGUGUGUGUGUGUGUGUGUGUGUGUGUGUGUGUGCUAAAUGCGUGUGUGCUGAAUGCGUGUGUGCGUUCGUGCGUGCAUGCGUUCGUGAGAUCGAGAAGAGAGGCUGUGAUGUACUGAAUAGAAAAAUAAGAAGCAAGCACACCGUGGACUGAGAUGCCUGGCAAGGCUACAAUGCAGACUUUUUCUUAUUACAAUCACAAUUGUGUGAAUUCACAAUCAGCAUUCAAUUGAUUGCAGCAGGUGUAGAAACCCAAUGCUCAGAGAGGGACCAAUUAAGUAAGGGAGAACUUUCAGAAAUGUGAAAAUAGCUUUUUCAUAGGUACUCUCAUUAAUUAAUAUUGAUUUCGAUCCAUUUUCAUGUUUAUGCCUGUCAUCUUAUUAUUGUUUUUCCCAAACCGCGAUUGAAAGCCAAAAAUAGAAACAUAACAUGCUUUAUAUCAUAGUUAUGGUGAGUUGUUUUGGUCCUUUCAAGAACUGAAUCAAUACGAACUGCAAAGCUUGCCCUUUGUAGAUUACUUCCGUUGACUGUCUUUAGUAAGGAUUAAGCACAUUACUCUCCUUUACUGGUAUUCAUGAGGCCCACAGAUCCAUCACUCAUUCUUCAUUAUUCCACAGAGCUGGAGAAAGUGAUCAACUUCACUCAGCACUGCACUCCACAGAAGCCAAAUUAGCACGAGUGCUCCCUUAACAAACCAGGGCUAUAUAUUCCCUAUAUAACCUUGCUUAAACCAUUUGAUUAACUGCAACAAACUUACAUAAUCUGCCUACAUUUAAUGCAUGAAAUUCUAACUUAUUUGUAAGUGCUUAUGUAUGUAUGAUAUAGUCCAGCUCCAACUUCCAUCACUAACACCCCUUCCCUCAUUUGUCCUCAUAAUCUGUACCUACUGCUUUUACUGUUGUCUUUUGUAUCUGAACAGUUUCUGUCGAGGAAGGCCUAAUCAGAAAGCACAUUUCCUGAAGUGAGUCGGCACUGAUGAGUUUUGCUCAAUGACAGCUGUCCAGCUGUUUUGACAAACAGGGCAGAUAUCUUGACAGUGUUGAAGCAACGUAGCAAAAAUGUGCUGUAUCUGUAUGUGCUUUCCUCUUUGGGAAUUAGGCUGAAUGUAUGUAUGAAGUGUUUGGGGCAGGCGCUCCAUUGUUGACAGUAUUAUUGAUCAUCAUUUGGAAUUACCAAAUCAUUGACGAGCAAAGAGUGGGAUGAACAGGGUAGGUGACUCUCAUUGUGAAGUCUUAAAUAGCACCAUGAACAAAGAUUUGUUGCGAAGAUCCUGGUUUAAUUUGCUAGCCAUAUGCUUUGUGCAUCUUAAGAUGUAAACAAGCCUCAUAUUUCCAUAAAACACUCACCUCUCCUACAAAAUAGGAGAAGAUCCGGGUUCAAAUGCACACAAGGGGACCUGCCCUGGUAGGUCAUCCUCAUUCUCUGACAGCUACAACAUGUAACUUCCUUCUGCCACAGGAAGUCCUGUUUUUCUUUUAUUGGAUCCUGUUGUUCAUGGUUACACUAACCUUUCUGUAGACACACAUUUAAAACUCUUCUCUCCCUCAGUGUAUUUUAUAUUGACUACCAAGUAGAAAUGGUGAAAAGCACUUUGGCAGCUUCAGUGAUGUUUGCUCCCCCCAGUUUUUUUUCAGAUGGAGAGGUGUUUCUCCAGGUGCAUCUGGGUACCUGUCACUUCAUUGUGUUGCUUGACUCUAUGAUGUUUUAUAAUAAAUACAUUAACUAUGUAUGUUUGUAUGUAAGUAUCUAUGUAUUUUUGUACAGUUUGUAUGAUUUGUGUCGUAUGAAAUGUCUUGUGUGCAAUAGCCUUUUGUGUCCAGUAGCACGCUGCCUGUGUUAAAUCGGUACAAUCUGAAACACUAAUGUAGGUACAUCAACUUUUUGUUAAUUGCAUUCCCUUUUUUAUAAAAUAAAUAAAAUACUGAAAGAAUCUG